UCCUAAGAAUCGUGCACACGUGAAUUGUAUGUAUGAACCAAAUAUGGAUUUAUCAUUUUCAGCCUUGAAAAGUGGACGUAUCCUAAGAAAAGUGAACGUUGCUAUGCAGUUUACAUUCACUUUGUCAGAGGACAGUAGUGCGGGGCAGUAUUUUGCGGUUAUAGAUUUUGGGCUGUCUUGUCCUCUCUUAAAUUUCUCUCCGCAUAUGAUAACAUGUUGAAAAAUUAUUUACAUGGUUUAAAAACAUGGGAAUCCAUCCAUUGAGUAUAAUUUUGGUAAAAAGCGAUAGCAAAGGUGAUAGAUUAUUAUUUCGAUAUCCGCAUAUGACAAAUCAUGUAAGAGAUUUGAAUCAGUACACAAAACGGAAGAAUCCUUAUUCAUUGACUAAUACGGAAGAUUUAUUGCAGUCCUUACCGUUUCCAACAUCAAACAUAAGUAAUGGAAAUUUAACCGGUUUAACGGAUGAAGUCCUCUCUACUUUAUUUGCUGUAAAGCCAGAAUUAUGUGAACAGAAAUUUGAAUUAAAAGUAAAUGAUGUUCGCUUUGUUGGACAUCCAACGUUAGUUUUAUCUCGUGGCUUAAAGGAAGUAAACUCGUCUAUGCUUUUCAAUAUAGUUUUUGCGCUGCAAGCACAAGCAAAUCAUUCAAUAGUAAAAUGUUACUAUGAUCUAAGCAAAAGAUUAGGCAUAGCGUUGAGACACGAAGAGAAAAGAUGUGGCUUUCUGACAGAUGAGAUAAAGAUAAUGGUAUCAACACAUGAUGAGAUUGCUGGAAGAUCUGAAGGUGAAAGCGAUUGCGACGAAUCACCAUAUGAAUUAAUUCUUCAAAGAAGCUCAUUAGCACGUGGUUUAAAAUCCGUAUUUAGCAAUCUCAGUUCUUCUGGCAUUGUCAGUAUCAUAAUUAACAAGUGGAUUCAAGUUCGUUUCUGCCUUCCACAAAAGGUUCAUCAAUCACAUAAAAAAGGAUUGCUCAUCGACCCCGAGAUUAUAGACAGAUGUUUAAACAGUUUAAGACCUUAUCAUGGCAUACUCUUAUUAACUGAGCCAUUGGAUUUAUUAGAAUCUUUGCAAAUAGACUGCUCACCAGCGCUUAAACGUUUGAUUCAGAUGUAUAAUCCAUUGAAAAGUUUGCAAACUUUAGCCGCAGAUUCAGAUUUAACACUUGCACAGGUGUUUCAGCUAGCUGGCCAUUUAGUUUAUUGGGCAAAGGCUACAAUAAUUUAUCCACUUUGCGAAAGCAAUGUUUAUGUUGUUUCCCCCGACGCUAUUUUGACUAAUCAGCUGUUGGAUUCUUUCUCUGAACACUUCCCAGGAAUCUGCUUACUUCAAGUAAUCAAUGAUUUUUCUCUACCAACUUCAAUUAGCCAAAAGUUGAAUCCUUUGAGCCAGCCGCAGCAGCAAACGCAGUUGGUAAAGAUAAUUAUAUGGCUAUUAAAAAAUCAUUUGCUCUUACAAUUGCAUACAUAUGUGCGCUACAUACCAACAGUAUAUGGACGUUUAUCAUUGGUAAUUUACAAAGAUACACAGGACCAAGAAACACAUGAUACAAUUGCAAUGGAAGAAAGCGAAAGUAUAUGGAGUUUAAAUGAGACACCAAAAGGAACGCCGACUGAAAUCAAAGAGGAGUUGUCACUCACAGAUAAAGAGGAUGCGCUAUAUGACUAUCAAUCGGAAGAUUAUGAUAUUCCUUCCAAUGAUAGAAAAUUACUCGAUAGAUUGUGUCGUCUUGGCUAUUUUGACGGUGAUUAUCACCUAGAGGAGAUUAUGUAUUUAGAAAAUAUUCGCAGAUCUCAAUUGUUACAACUUUUGGAUAAAUUUCGGGAUGUAUUAAUGACUUCCGAGUGCGAAGAUGUUGCAAUAGCACUCUUUUACAGUCGAUUAGGUACUUGAUUGUAAUUAUA